AAAAAUCCAACCAACCCACUCCUCCAUAUUCCCCUUCUCCCACUCUUUCUUUGCAGAAUAUCAAUCACUGCAAGAAGAAACAAACCCUUCGCCUUCAGUGACAGAGACCGAUUUCUUCCUCUGUAUAUAUAUAUACAUACACCUACAAAAAGCAAUCACCGGAACCCUGCACAUCGACACACACAAAAAAAUGCCCUUUAGUCCUCCAAGAUUUUCUUCUGUCCUCCUUCAAAGGAUCAACAACACCAUCCCCACCACCACAACAACCAAUUCGAAGCACUGGUUCCCUCUCACAUGCACCACACCAGUACCUGACAACGUGGCACGAUACCACGCUCACGCGGUGGGCCCGAACCAGUGCUGCUCCGCGUUUGUACAGCAGAUCGCAGCCCCUGUGUCCACCGUGUGGUCCGUGGUACGCCGCUUCGAUAAUCCACAGGCAUACAAGCACUUCCUGAAGAGCUGCCACCUUAUUGACGGCGACGGAAACGUCGGCACUCUCCGGGAGGUACAUGUUAUUUCGGGACUUCCUGCGGCAAACUCCACCGAACGCCUCGAGAUCCUCGAUGACGAGCGCCACGUCAUCAGCUUUAGCGUUGUUGGAGGAGAUCACCGUUUGGCAAAUUAUCGGUCCGUGACGACGCUACAUCCUGCCCCCAACGGUAACGGCACGGUGGUCGUGGAAUCGUACGUGGUGGAUAUUCCGCCGGGGAAUACUAAGGAGGAGACGUGCGUGUUUGUGCAUACAAUCGUCCGGUGCAACCUCCAAUCACUGGCUCAGAUCGCGGAGAACUUGGCGAGACGGUCGAAAUCGUCGUCAUGAGUCGCGCGUUCAAUAUUUGUUACAUCAUUUUUAUUUUUAUUUUUAAUUAGUAUUUUUUUUGCUCUGCAUUCGAACGUCUACCUGAAACGAUGUCGUUUUUUGUGGGAUGGCCUGAUUUGGUUUGCCUGUUAGAAGGAUCGUGAUCGGCUGGUUCUCUUGCUAUAUAUGAUGUUAGCGUUCCAUUUAAUUCUCUCUUUUCUUUUCACUUUGGAAAAAAAAAAUCUUGGGUCAUCAAUGCCGCCGAAGCUUUAAUUUUUAAAGAAACACUUGUGCAUAAAAUAAUGCAAUUUUUGUUUUAGUUGGUUGAAGAAACUUGAAAUCUUG